AUGGAUGCCAAACUCAUCGAGUCCCCCUCGAGGCGCCCCCUAGGGUUGGAACCGCCGGGGCCGGUAGCGGCGCUGAGUGUGUCAAUGUGGCCCUUUGAUGAGUCAGCGCCCUCGAUCGACCCCCUUCCGCCGCAUUCCCUCCUUCCACCCAACGCAUCAGCUACUACCUCCGAUCGCGCGUCCGACUGUGUCGGCGCUUACUGCGGCGGCGUCACCACAUCACAUCUAGCAGGUCGAUUCACCACAAUCGACGGAGAACCCACAUUUCCCCCCGGGGCCUUCAUUGACGGAGGGGCUGGUAACGGUACCGCGGAUGACGUGGCGAUUGAGGAUUGGUUCUGCGAAGUAGCGGCGUUAGGAGUUGGAAAGGCACCAAGGUUGGUGGGGCAGAAGCAGCGGCAGCGGCUGAUGCGGGAGUGGUUUGAUGAUGCUCCUCAUAAGCUCAUGCACAGGCACGUGCGCAUGCUCAUGGAGCUCUGUGAAGGGGGAGACCUGUUUAUAUGA